GAAUUUCUUGUGGUCGCAUCCAUAUACCAGUUUUAGGAAGGCUUGGGACCUUUGAAACUCAGAUUCUGCGAAGAGCUCCUCUUAGGACCUUUACAGAAACACCAGCAUACUUUGCCUCAAAAGACGGGAUAAGUAAAGAUGGAUCUGGAGAUGGAAAUAAGAAAUCAGCAAGUGAGGGAAAUGUUAAGAAAUCAGGCUCUGGGAAUUCUGGGAAAGGUGGGAACCAGCUGCGCUGUCCUAAAUGUGGCGACUUGUGCACACAUGUAGAGACUUUCGUGUCAUCCACCCGUUUUGUCAAGUGUGAAAAAUGUCAUCAUUUUUUUGUUGUGCUGUCGGAAGCAGACUCAAAGAAAAGCAUAAUUAAAGAACCCGAAUCAGCAGCAGAAGCUGUAAAAUUGGCAUUCCAACAGAAACCGCCUCCUCCCCCCAAAAAGAUUUAUAACUACCUCGAUAAGUAUGUUGUUGGCCAGUCAUUUGCUAAGAAGGUGCUUUCAGUUGCUGUGUACAAUCAUUAUAAGAGAAUAUAUAAUAAUAUCCCAGCUAAUCUGAGACAGCAAGCAGAGGUUGAGAAGCAGACAUCAUUAACACCCAGAGAAUUAGAAAUAAGAAGACGGGAGGAUGAGUACAGAUUCACAAAAUUGCUCCAGAUUGCUGGGAUUAGCCCACAUGGGAAUGCUUUAGGAGCAUCAAUGCAACAACAGGUGAAUCAACAGAUACCUCAGGAAAAACGAGGUGGUGAAGUAUUAGAUUCUUCUCACGAUGAUAUAAAACUUGAAAAAAGUAAUAUUCUGCUGCUUGGACCAACUGGGUCAGGUAAAACCCUGCUGGCACAAACUCUAGCUAAAUGCCUUGAUGUCCCUUUCGCUAUUUGUGACUGUACGACUUUGACUCAGGCUGGAUAUGUAGGUGAAGAUAUUGAAUCUGUGAUCGCCAAACUGCUCCAAGAUGCCAAUUAUAAUGUAGAAAAAGCACAACAAGGAAUUGUCUUUCUGGAUGAAGUAGAUAAGAUUGGCAGUGUGCCAGGCAUUCAUCAGUUACGGGAUGUAGGUGGAGAAGGCGUUCAGCAAGGCUUAUUAAAACUACUAGAAGGCACAAUAGUCAAUGUUCCAGAAAAGAAUUCCCGAAAGCUCCGUGGAGAAACAGUACAAGUUGAUACAACAAACAUCCUGUUUGUUGCAUCUGGUGCUUUCAAUGGUUUAGACAGGAUCAUCAGCAGGAGGAAAAAUGAAAAGUAUCUUGGAUUUGGAACGCCAUCUAAUCUGGGAAAAGGCAGAAGGGCUGCAGCUGCUGCAGACCUUGCCAAUCGGAGUGGAGAAUCAAACACUCACCAAGACAUUGAAGAAAAAGAUCGGUUAUUACGUCAUGUGGAAGCCAGAGACCUCAUUGAAUUUGGCAUGAUUCCUGAGUUUGUGGGACGGUUACCUGUGGUGGUUCCUUUGCACAGUCUAGAUGAGAAAACACUUGUGCAGAUACUGACUGAACCACGUAAUGCUGUUAUCCCUCAGUACCAGGCCUUAUUCAGCAUGGAUAAGUGUGAACUGAACGUCACUGAGGAUGCUUUGAAAGCUAUAGCCAGAUUGGCACUAGAACGAAAAACAGGUGCACGAGGUCUUCGGUCCAUAAUGGAGAAGCUGUUACUAGAACCUAUGUUCGAAGUCCCUAAUUCUGAUAUUGUUUGUGUGGAGGUUGACAAAGAAGUGGUAGAAGGAAAAAAGGAACCAGGAUAUAUCAGAGCACCAGCAAAAGAAUCCUCUGAAGAGGAAUAUGACUCAGGAGUUGAAGAAGAAGGAUGGCCUCGCCAGGCAGAUGCAGCAAAUAGCUAGGCUGCCAGGCUCCCAUCUGUACAUAAGCUUCUUCUUUUGUUUAGGAUCGUAACUGUCUCUACAGUCUGACAUUAAAGGCAUUGGAUCUAUCUUGGAUAUCAUACAUGAUCAGAAGCCUUUAGGAUAAGAAUCAGAUCAUGUAUAUUAUUGUAACAUCACAUUGAUUUAUACAGAGGACAUUAUGUGGACUUUAAUGACACAAUGUUUAGAGAUAAAAAUGUACAUUAUUUUGGUUCAGUUUUUUAAAAAUAUGCUUUAACAGAAUUCUUAGGAGUUUUAAGCAAUCCAGGUAUUGCAAUAACCGUGGAUUUUACAAUAAUGUUACUCUACAAAUGGGAAAAUAAAUUCUUUAAAAUGGAAUAUUGGGAUACCAUUCUUUAGUGUUACCUUUUUUCCACCCACAUUUGUUUCCUGAAAAUACUAGAAUUUUAUUCGUCUUAAAAAUUGGACCAGAUAGUUUCCAAAUAGUUAAAAGUUUCAUGGAAAAAUACCCUGAAGAGCCAUAUUUUGUUGAUUUGUUUAGCUCUCGUAGUCUUCUGUGCUCAUGCAUGACACUAACGUCCCAGAUGGUACAGUCCAAAAGCCCAUGCUCUUGCUGACCUGUUCAACUGGUUGUCAUCUCUGAUCCAUUGUAUUUGGUCUCCGGGAAAGUCAUGACAUAUUUUUACAUAGAAAAACAGAAAAAUAUGUCAUAACUUUCCCAACAACUUAAUAGUACAUGGUUGAGUUGACGGAAUCGAGGUCAGUUUCAAUCUUGAGAAAAAGACUCUCCAUCUAAUUGUACAAAUAGCAUGCAGUCUAGUCACAGUGACAGCCAUGUGCUAAACUAAAACAUCUUAACACACUGACCUGAAGUACUAAGCUAGCUUUUUUGUUUUGUUUUUGGUGCUGGACAUUUGUCUAAUUCAUUGACUUCAUAGAACAUUAAAGAAAAUAUAUAUUUUUUCCUAUCAAAGUGAAUAUGUUCACACUAACAUAUAAGCUAUUAAUCAUCAUUAU